AUGGAAUCACUGAGUUAUGGUGCCAUUAAGACGGCAAACCAGGCAAGAGAAGCGGAUGAACAGAGGGUAGAGCAGCGCAAGAAAAAUCUGCUUGUAUUAAUUCUACAUCAUCUGGUUCAAGAAGGCUACACUGAGGCUGCUAAGUCACUGGAACAUGAAAGUAGUCUCAGUUUCAGUCGCUUUGAAGUGUGUGACAAUGUGGACUUAGACACAAUACUUAUGGAAUAUGAAUCCUACUACUUUGUCAAGUUUCAAAAGUACCCAAAGGUCACCAAGAAAAUAUACACAGACGGUAACAUUCCUCCCAAAGGCCCUAAAAAAUUUACAAAAAAUGGCAGCACACCAACAUUACCACGCAUCCCACAUCCCCAAGCACCAGAUCCUAACACUGGACCUGCUUCAGCCCCAUCACACCUCGGCAGACGUAGACCUAACUCAAGCACGGCGACGUCCAACAGAAAACCCAGUAUAGACAGAAAACCAACGCGGGAGAAUCUCAGUAGGCAGUCAUCACAAGUGAAUGGAUUGGCGGAUCCUCUGUCGGAUCUCUCUGUGUCCGGAUCUACAGCAGUUGUAAACAAAUCUAGUGAGGGUAACUUCAAUGACUCUGGAAAGAUUCCACACAAGAAAGGCCCUAUCAUUGAUAUGAGAGCAAUGUUAAAUAACGCCAUCAAAGGAGCCACACAACAAUACAUGGGAGACGGUGGUGAUCCAUCGGAUCGGUUAUUGAAGCCCCUCGGGGGUUAUUCUGGGUAUACGCUGGAAUGGCGUGAGCUAGCUCAGAGUAUCAGUAAAGAUAUCUACUUACAUAAUCCCAACGUGAGAUGGGAUGACAUCAUCGGAUUGGAUAACGCCAAGAGAUUAGUAAAAGAAUCUGUGGUCUACCCUAUCAAGUAUCCACAGCUUUUCACAGGGAUCCUUUCUCCAUGGAAAGGUCUCUUACUCUAUGGUCCGCCGGGAACCGGUAAGACGUUAUUAGCCAAAGCUGUAGCAACUGAGUGUAACACGACGUUCUUUAAUAUUUCCGCUUCGAGUAUCGUCAGUAAAUGGAGAGGAGACUCAGAGAAGCUAGUCAGGGUAUUAUUUGAGUUGGCAAGAUUCCAUGCACCAUCAACGAUAUUUUUGGAUGAGUUGGAGUCAGUAAUGGGCCAAAGAGGAGCAACGCCAGGAGGGGAGCAUGAGGGCAGCAGACGCAUGAAGACGGAACUUCUUGUACAGAUGGAUGGCCUCUCGAAAUCAGACGACCUAGUCUUCUUACUAGCUGCUUCUAACCUUCCCUGGGAAUUAGACCACGCUAUGCUUCGUAGAUUAGAGAAGAGGAUCUUAGUGGACUUGCCGGUCGAGGAAGCCAGGAAGAAGAUGAUUGCAUUUCACUUACCAGAGGUCAUUAAUCCUGACUGUGCGUUGGAGAUUAAGACGGAUAUAGAUUAUGAGUAUUUAGCCGGGGUAACAGAUGGGUACUCUGGAUCUGACCUUAGACUGGUUUGCAAGGAGGCUGCUAUGAGACCGGUCCGCAAGAUCUUUGAUAUAUUAGAAUCCAGUACAGUAGAGGAGAAAAUUCCAGACUUUAGUAUCGAUGCGAUCACAACAGAUGACGUCAUAGCGGCCUUAGCCCACACCAAGCCCUCGGCAAAACUGCUCAAAGAUAAAUAUCUUAGAUGGCAGAAGGAGUACGAGUCUGUGUAAAGUUAGGACGUUCGGGUUUUGAUGAGUUUAAGUUGUGUGGAAGUUGAAGUUCAUCUACAACGAGGGAGUUGGUUUUGUUCUUUACCCAUACACCAAUGUGUGUUAGCACUGUAUACUCGGUACUUUCCCGAGUCCUGUGAAAAAAUGUCACAGACAUGUUACUCGGGUGGGAUUCGAACCCAUGACCCUUGGAAUUCUAGAGUAGUUUCUAGAAAUAGACGAUGUAAGGUAUGGAAAGAGUUUAAGAUUGUUCAGAUGAUGCAGUCAUAAAAAUGGUUUACAAACGAAAUGAAAGUUUUUGUGCAGACGAAAUGUAAAAAUUUUAUCAAAUAAUAAUACUAAUUAAUAAUUAGAGACUUAUAUUGCGCUAUUUCCACAAAAAUGUUCAACCGCAAGUAUUAAAAAGAUUAGAUAAAAAGUACUGGAAAAUGACAUACAGGGGAAACACAUUUCAUGGAUACUAUCAAAUGUGAGUAAAUAUUCACAGUGUACUGUGUCAUAUGUUUUAAUAUGUCAAAUAGUUGCACUCUAAUGAAGGCAAAUACAAAAUGGUGACUGUGAGAAAAGAUGUUAGUUUUGCAUGGGGGGCUAAAGAAUAUGUUUUUUUACCCUUGCAUCAAUGUGUAAUAAAGGCACACUAUUGGUAAUUACUCAAAAUAAGUGUUAGCGUAAAACUUGUAACAA